AUGCCGGAACAGACCGGAGACGGCAGCGACGACUACAUUUGGGUUUGGAGCGACGGACACGCCGCCGAGCUCUACAUCAACCACCACGACGUCCCGCACUGGGAGGUCGGCCCCAAGGACCUAUUCAACAUCGCUCGGUCCCGGCGGUCCAUCCACAUCGCCGACUGGGACGGCGACGGCCGCUGCGACGUCAUCAGCCAGCAGAAGUCGGAUGGGGCGCUCGAGAUGCGGCGCAACGACUACAACCCGGCGACGGGCGCUUGGAAGUUUACCUACAUGGGCUUCGUCACUGGCGGUGUCUGCCCGCAGGGGUGGGGUGUCAACGUCCUGGACCGCGGGAUGCGGCUUGCUAUAUCGAUCAUACUGAUACUGUCUUACAGCGGAGAUGGACAUGCAGACGUGAUGUGUCUGGAAAAGAAUGGUCGCAUUACGGGAUGGCUCAACCAUGCCUCGGGGAAUCUUGAAAAUGUCGGGCAGGUCAAGUACAGCGAAGGAUGGGGUCGAGCCAACCUGCGCUUCGCCGAUGUCGAGGACGGAGGCAAUGUCACACGGACAUUCGCCCACAGUCCAGGGUCAAGGUUGCAAGGCUCAGCAGAGCCUCAACGCCUGGCCUUAGCCUCGAGAUGCCCGGUGGCCUCCGGCCGAAACACUCAUUUCGGCCGAACCCUCGGCCGGACCCUCGGCCACUGGCACUGCUUACCCAACCCCCUCUCGAUACCAUCGGGCUAG